CGCCUGCCAACGACGACGAGGUCGACGAGGAUGUACAGACGACGCGACUCUGGCAAGGCUGCUUAUUCCUCGGCGGACGCAUACAGGACCCCUGUGUCGCCAGCCUCGUCCGCCUCACAUGCACCACACUCCUCUUCGUCUGAGGAGGAGGCGCACCUCACAUCGCCUGAUGCCCGUCGCGCAGACAGCCCAGGACCAGAUUCCUCAGUGGACCAGCAUGCCGGCGACGACACCCCGCUUUCGCCGCCUCGUCCCUUUUUCCUAGCCGGCUCGCGCAAGGACUCGAACUCUUCCGACAGGGGAUCGUGGUCUUCUACCAACGACUCCGUUGAUCCCGCCAGUGAUUCAGACAACACAGACCGCGAGGCGGCGGCGGCGGCAGCAGCAGCGGCGAACGCUACUCAAUCUGGCCCUCGCCGUGUGCGCGCGAACACCGCAGGCACAGCCAGCUCGACUCGCCCACGGAACCACCACAGGCGGCGUUCAAGUCAGAGCACGUCGCCGAACUACAUGGAUUCUCCCGUACAGACUCCGCCGUCGACUUCUCGUGUUCCCCCAUCAGCGUUCCCCUUCCUUUCGCACGCGGGUAACCCUGACCCUGGUACACCGAUUCCUGCAAAUCUCGCUCGCAGACCUUCGCGCGAUUCAGCCCACCGCUUGUCUAGCGGUAGUUUGCCUGGCUCUCCGGCCACCGCUACCGGUGUAGCAUACCCCACCUCCCCAGGAAAUAUGGACGGCUACAGUGCCCUCAGGGCAGAGCAGGCGUCGACGGAUGUCGCUGACGAGUACGCAUAUGCCCCAGUCAACGGUCAUGACCAGGACGAGUUGGGCAGGCCUCACCCGCCAUUCAUGGGUGAUUCUGGUAGCUGGACGCCCGGUGGCGGAGGUGUCUACAGAAACAGUGCCGCCGCCGCCAUGGCAGGAAGCAAUGCGGCUCUCUCUGGUGAAGGCACACUUCCGAGAACAAAUUCCCAGACCACGAUCCCCAUGCGCGCUCCAUUCCUUUCCCCGGCCUCGCGUCCGACUUCCCUCUGGUCGCCUCCCUCGUAUCCAUCACUUCCCCAGCAGCACCUCACGUCGCAGUACCCGCCCUCGCUUACCUACCUGCCUAAUUCUCCCCAAGCCUCCGGUAUGUCGCCGUACAGGCCCAAAAUGGGCAAGGCGCCGCUGCCUUCGUCGCGUCUUGCAGCGAAGCUCACUGCCGAGGAUAAGCCAUGGCUUAAGCACAAAGAUUCCCGUGAACGCUGUGCUUACUUCCUGACACUGUCGAUGUGGGUGAUCGGUGUCGCCUGCGCGGCCCUUGUCAUCUUUCUUGGCUGGACUGGCGUCCGUCAGCUGAAGGACGAUCAGCUCUGUCUCAUUCUGAGCGAAGAUUUUGAUUCGCUGGAUUUGACCAGCACAUGGAAUGCGGUCGUCGGGAUAGGCAGCGAUGGCAAUGGCGAGUUCCAGGCGUAUACUCAGGAAUCGGGUAACUUGUACACGAGAAAUGGAGAGCUGUACAUCAUGCCUACGCUGACCUCGGAGUCGAGCGACCUUACCGGCGGCUCCGUUACAGACGGUGGCAAGUUGACUCUCCAGAACUGCCCGAGUUCUGCCAAUUGCUCGGCGACGAGCGAUCAGUCUGUCGAUCAGGCCCUCCCGCCCGUCUUGAGCGCGCGCAUCAGCACACAGAGCCAUCACACCAUUCAGUUUGGCAAGAUCGAAGUCAGUGCGAAGCUGCCACGCGGUGACUGGCUCUGGCCUGCUAUCUGGAUGUUACCCGCGAACAACACUUAUGGACCGUGGCCACAGUCUGGAGAAAUUGACAUCAUGGAGGCUCGGGGCAACGACCUGACGUACCCUGCGCAGGGCGAUAACUUUGUGCGGUCGACGCUCAACUAUGGUGUCUUUGAGACUCUGCAGACGCAAAUCUUUGGCUGGUACCAGCAGAAGCGGACCACGUUCGCUGAAGGCUUCCAUACCUACUCGUUGGAAUGGUCCCCCAGCUUCAUACGCACCUACGUUGACAGCAGGCUGCAGGCGACGCUCACGAUCGACAUCACCGGUAAAGGCGGCCACAGCUUCUUCGACCGUGGACACUAUCCUGCAGCGGCGCACAACAACACGGCAACAGAGAUACCCGUGACGAACAUCUGGUCGAAUUCUCCGGCUGCGCCGUUUGAUCAGCCGUUCUACCUCAUUCUCGACCUCGCCGUCGGUGGCACGAGCGGCUGGUUCCCGGAUGGCGUCGGCAACAAGCCCUGGGUCGAUGAGAGUGGCGAUCAGUUUGCACUCUGGAGUUUCGCGCAGAACCAGAGUACUUGGUCCAAGACGUGGCCAAGCACCGACACCGACCGCGCAUUUAGGAUCGAUUCGGUCAAGAUGUGGCAGCUCAAGCAGAAUGGCAAGUGUUAAUGUGCCCCGUCCCGACGCCGCCACUGGUGGCUGCUGUGUAUAUCGCCCGCAACAUCUUUCACCAAUCUGUUCCCUGAUGGGCUCCUUCCCCCUGCUAUCUAUGGACAUCAUUUAGAGGCGUCCGCGGACACUUCCCCACCCCCUUGUUGCUACUAUUACCUGUUGUCGUCGUCGUCCGCGAUGUUGCGCAGACACGAGAUGCUCCUACGGACGUUUAUUCCCCCGACGCAUGUUUGUGCUACCACCCUUUCUGCGUCACUGACGCAUGCUGUAUAUACCCGCCACCUUGACACCCCUCCUUUAGACUGUCGAAUAGCCAACUUAGUGUAUGACGAGCUUUAACCUCUCUGAUCUCUACGUCGCCGAUUCUUACUUGUCACCUUGACGGACACUCAAAUUCUAUCUAGUAUUACUGCACUCCCCGCUUCGCACACCCAUAACACACACCAUUGGCAACGGCUAUCUUCUACGAACACGUAAACAAGAGUUGAUUUUACCCCUUCUGGAUAGCUCCCGCUAUUACGAACCUUGUCGACAUACCAUAGUAUUAGUUGCUUGUGGAGGCUUCGACAGAAUGAAAUGCG